AUGGCUUCUGCUGAUCUCGCUUCGACUUACGCUGCUCUGAUCCUCGCUGACGAGGGUCUUGAGAUCACGAGCGACAAGCUUGUUGAGCUCACCGCCGCCGCUGGCGUGCCCGUGGAGCCUAUCUGGGCCCAGCUGCUCUCCAAGGCCCUCGAGGGCAAGGACGUGAAGGACCUGCUCACGAACGUGGGUGCCGCCGGCCCCGCUGUGGCUGCUGCUCCUGCUGCCGGCGCUGCCGCUGGUGGUGACGCUCCUGCUGAGGAGGCCAAGGAAGAGAAGAAGGAGGAGGCGAAGGAAGAGUCGGAUGACGACAUGGGCUUUGGUCUCUUUGACUAG